AUGAUGUGCUCUGAUGAACCGGUUCAGUUCCAUGUCCCGGUUUUCGAUGGGACUCUCACUCCUACUGAAAUCCAUCAACUGUUGUCCAUCUUUGAGUCCGACUUUCCGGUCAAUUCUACGUCCGGUUCAGAAACAGGUCUAACGGUUUACUCGGUGGAAGAGCGAAGGCGGCGCAGAAUGAUAUCGAAUCGGGAAUCAGCCAGGCGGUGUCGGUGGAAAAAGAAGAGGCACUUGGAGGACCUCACGAACCAAGUGAACCGGUUGAGAUUAGAGAACCGGGCGUUAAAGAACCGGCUGUGCUUGGUUUCACAUCACUGUCUUGUUGCUCAGAGAGAGUCGGACCGGCUCCAAACCGAGUCUUUGCUGCUCCAGCAAAGACUGUCCGGUUUAUACCAAAUCAUGGUUGCCAUGCAGCUCCAAUAA